AUGCGAGACUCGAGCAUACGUCAGGGUGAACUGCUGUAUACGUGCCACGCUAAACUGCGUGAAGAGAUCUCUAAUAAGAAUCCGAACCUCCGAGUCCUAGUUGGCCACGCCAACCUUUUGGAGAUGCUAGUUCUGAGAUUCACCGAAAUGGAACAUGGAAAAAUUGCAGAUGCCUCGUUCAUAUUAGAGCAACUGGUUGAAAGGGUGAAACGCAAAAUACGCAGCGGCACUGAUACAGAACCCCUUUCGGAUACUGCUGAAAGCGAUAUCAAAGGCUCUGAUGUGAUCAAAGGCGGCAAUACAUACCAAGAGGAGAUCGCCACUUCAGAGCCAUCUUCUCACGACGUGGAAGAGUCCCCCGCUACCAUUUCAACGACACAUGAGGAAAAGGACCGUGUGGAUGCAUACGAAAAGAAAUGGAGAUCGACUUACUUGGUGCAUCUAGAGAACUCAUGUGCAGCCGAUUAA